AUGCUGUCAGUGGGCAAGUCGGCGUCACUGGUCCAACAGAAGAAGCAGCAGUGGGCGCGGGAGAGAGAGGAGAUGUCUCACCUCUACCUACCAUGGGGCACCGGAGAGCGUACCAAUAGGUUGCAAGUGCGAAACCAAUUCUCAAGUACCCUGGAACUUCACAAGCAGUCCUCUUACGAAUAUCAAGAGCCGAUUCAACGACAGAGAAGCCCUAGUCUGCCUCCUAUCCAUCAUUCAGACACAGAAAGAGUUAUAAGCAAAGAAGAAAGAAGGUCAAACGUUAUAAAUAGAAACAUUUCGACGGCAAAACGGUUUGCUUUUUACGACGAAGACGCUGAAGGAGAUACCUCCGGGUACGGCAGUGAGACCGUCCAUAUGAAUAGAGGUCAGAAUUCGCUACACGACGUCGACAUAGCGAAUGAUCGCAACCUGGUGGUCGCGUGGCAACAAACUGGAAAGGAUAACAGGAAUCCCGAAUCAAGCCGAACAGGAACUGCAGAUGGCGCGUGGUCUGCUCGUAGCCCUCGAGGCUCCACUGCGGAGGAAGGUCGCCCGCGCUGGGGAGACCGCGGCGUCGCCACUGGACGGCUAUGGGAACCCACAGCUCCUAAUGCAAGACUGCCACAGAUGCAGGCCCAGAAGAAAGGCACACCGUCGUGGGUGGAACGAGGUCUGAACAUGAUAGACAACACGGCGGAGGUGCUUGUGAUUGACCAAACAAGCUCCACCAAUUCAGGAUUCGAGUGUGAUAGAUCAUCUUGCAAUGGGAGCGACGAGGGCAGAACAUUUUUAAGAGGACAGAAUGUUCCUUUAGAACCUGAAAUCAAAGCACAACGUGAAAAUAAAAGAAUAAAAGCUUUAGAAUUGCAGUCUGCCAUACUAAGCCAACUCGAAGAUCGCGAAAAGCGACGACAGGAAGAAAGAGAAAGAAGACUGAGAGAAGAAAGAUUGGAAGAACUGAGAAUACAGCGACAGCAGGAAGAAGAUAGGCUACGAGUAGAGGAGGAGAAACGAAGGAAUGAAGAAAAACAAAUAUUAGAACAAAGAAAGUUAGAAGCUCUUAAAAAGGCCCUUGAAGAUGCUGAAAAGAAGGCGAGACUAGACAAAGAAAAACGCUUUAUAGCACAUAGGCAAAACAUGUCUUCUAUCAUAAGUAACAAUAUAAGUACUGAUAAUAAGAUAAGUGACGAACCCAUUGCAAACAAUAUUUCUACUCAUGAUAAUGAAGCCACGAGCCCGACAAAAACCCAUAGAACAUACGACGUCCAUUCGGCAAAAAGUCAAAAGAAAGACUGCGAUUCUCAUCAAACGACCGAAUUCAACUCUCCGAGAUCAGUGGGACCAGGAAAUGUAAACUUAUUUAUACAUAGUGUUCCACCAUUAGCGCUUAAUGAUAAUCAAUUCAGUAUUGUACCUAUAGGUAUUAAUGGAAAUGGAGAAAUAGUCAGUGGUCAACCUAAUAGUAUACAACUAGCAGUUUUAGUUCCUCAAAGCCUAACUAAUACCGUGUAUGGAGUAUCAUUAAAUUCAAUGCACACCAUAAGUGAACUCUCUGACCCUGGGAAAAUAUUAACCCCUAGAAAAUAUCGAGCUGAGAAAACAAAAGAUGUCUCAACUCAAACAGAACCAAAUCCAUGUAACUUUAGCGAUAAAAUUGUAGCGACAGAGGACCUUGAAAGAAAUAAUGAUAAAGAGUAUUCCAAUAUUGAUGAAAAUGCACCGCACGAAAGUCAUCAUAACUCAACUAAAAAAGAUCGACGUUUCCGGUCUGAAGAGAGAUAUAAGAAGGAUUUAGACAACCGACCAAAAUGGGGAGUAAAUAGGCCAGCUGCGCAAUACAAAAAACAAAGCGAAAAAGAUCCAUUUUAUAGCCAAAAAAGAAAAAUGAGACAUAAAUACCGUCCGCAAGCGCGACAGUACCUAUCGCAGUCAAGCGACGACAGCCGCUCUCCAAGUCCUCCCAUUAGGUCAGAAAAGAUAUCUGAUUCUCUAAAUAAACAGAGAAACUCCUUGAGUCAAUCGUAUUGGAAAAACAAAAGAUCUAGUCAAGAUUUAUCUCGUAAUAAUCUUAUAGCAGAGUCGACAGAGCAUAGCCUUGAAACAAACCAUCUCACACAAUUCAUAAAUAAUAAUGAUACAGAAACAAAAAAGUCUCCAAAGACGUCACCGACGAAGAGAAUAACUUUAUCGCAGAAAUUCAUAAACGAUAAGUAUGGCAACAGAAAGUUAUGGAUAGACGACAUAAACGAAAAGAACACGAAAUCAAGCUUUUUUGAUGCAGAAAAUAGAAAACAAAUUAUUGAUCAAAUCAAUGUAGCGAAAAGAGAUUACUUGGAAAAAAAUAAGGAUCAAGAAAACCUUAUUUUAAAAGCAAAAUAUUAAGUUUAAAGUACGAAAGUAUUUUACGUUUACUGAAGUAAUAAAAAUCAGAACAGCACGCAAUAAUCAUAAGGUGCAACAUGUAGAGGAAUUUAGGUUACUACUUAAGUCUGAACUUUAUCGAUCCAACAGUUUCAAAGAAAUGGGUCGCAACGCUAGUUAUGUCGAUAAAAUCUGAAGUCUAGUUGAAGAAACCGGC